AGUCUCUGCGUGUUGUGGCGAACGGAGGUGCAGUCGGGUACCAAAACCUUGCUAGCGAGCAAUGGUAGAGGUGGCUUAAUACUUUCCAUAAAUGUUAAACUGUUGAUGGAAUCAUUACAAGAAGUUGAGGAAAUGGAUGAUCUUGGUGAAUUUGAUAAUAUAUUUUUCAAAUUAUUAUUCUGCCAUGAGUAUCGAGUCUUUAUUGCUGAGCUGAUUUCAGGUGAGUUGGGAGAAUCCGACAAACUAGAAUAUCCAGGGCUUUUUGGACUUUUUAAACUGCCUGAACUGAACACCCGAGUUAAACGGAGUCUAAGACUACGUCGUACUGGAUUACGUUUAAAUUCACUUUCAUUUGAUUCGUCAUUAUUUAAAUAUCCAUAAUUAUUGCUCAUUAUAACAAAAAUAUGUAAAGUAGUUAU